AUGUCAUCGGCUUCGAGAAAGUCGCUUCAACAGCUUCACAGCCGCAUAAACAGCAUACAGGGUGUCGAUGGAAGAGGUCGAUCUGAUUCGAGCGCCAGGCAGUUAGCCGUAAGCCACGACGAUGCCUAUACCUAUGCCCUACGAAUCGCAUAUCUACAUUACCUUCUCCAACCCAAAACGAAACGAAAGCAAUGGGUUCCUGCACCGAAGCCUGCGGCCCGGACAUAUACGUCCAAUGUCGGGGACUUGGUUAGAGAGUUUGUUCCGGGCAACUCUAGUAGCGUAAAGCUUCCCCAUAACUUUCGCACUCCGCUCGAGAAGAGGUUAGAACGAGUCAUCAUGGGUGCCGAAAAAUUGCCUGGAUAUAAUGAACCUGCUGUUAAGAAGACCUUCGCCCAGGCCUACACAGCAUUUACGGAACAGGCCUUCCGCAAGAACAUGGAUAAAGAGCGCAAGGUCGAACCACUGGUGUUGAUAUUUUAUUCAGCUGCUACCAAGGCCUGUAGUCUCGGCCACGAGCGAAACGAUGAUUCGUGGAAGCUUCUGGUAGACCGGCAUGUUGCCCUCUUUAUCAGGCUCCUAACCAGCAUAUUACGCGAUCAGGGGCAUGAGCGAGAUAAGCCGGACCUCAUGACCAGGCUAAAUACUCUAGAAAAUAAGCUCCUAACCAACGACCAGAAUCUGUACAUUGAUACCGGUCAGAGCUCGGGUCAAACGAUUGAGGUAGUGGUGCCGCUAAGUUACGAUGUCAAAGAUAUGCUUAUGGUCCAAGUUGUUGCGAGGAUCUUCGGUCUUUCUCAUUCUGACGUUCAGGGCCAUAUCGAUGCCCAGCGUCAAGUCUGGACCGAGGAGGCUGCUCUGAAGGAUCUUAAGUCAUACCAGCAUCGACUAAAUUCUAAUGCAAGCGGCGCCUUGGGGAGCCAGGAUUUUAAUACCGACGAGGCCUACCAGGAAUGGAAGAAGGCAGAGGCGCCUUUUCUUUCCCAGAUGAUGAUGGAAGUCCUAACGACUCAGCCAGAAUUAGCGAGGAGGUCUACCGCUUUCUAUGCAAGCUCCGAUAAAGCGUUACCUUUGAGCCCUGGCUCGGCACAUCCAGAUGAUAAAAGAGCAUCCAUGUUUGGCAUUGACCACGCAUUGAAUCUUGGAUCCAUGUCCCUUGAAGAUGUUGGCAGCAUCAGGACUGUAGACGAGCCUAAUUAUACCUUCAUCCCCCCUGAUCCCCGGGAGUUUUUCAAGGUCAUCACCAAAUACGCCCUUGAGUUCGAUGCUAUGCACGACGAUGAAACUGAGCAAUCAAAUCUAUUCUCGAAGUCAUCAAUGGAAUUGCUAACAGAACUAUGCGUCCGCUGGCGGAUUCCGCAGUUUACUCGUCUUGUCGUCUUCUUAGAGGUGGCGGCCCGCAGGUUUACUGAUACAAUGUUCACUGUGAUUGAUUUGGAUAAUGCUUUUGAUCUGGUCAAGAUCCCGCCGCCAGAAGCGAAAAAGCCACCACACAUCUACCUCCAUAAUGAGAGCCUUGAAACUAUAGAUAGGAGCAAGUGGACUACCACGGACUACACUGUGUAUCAAAAAACCCUAUAUACACUAAACGACACACUCCUGCGCGACCUUUACGAUACCUUGAUGCAUUGUUACGAACCCAAACCUCCGUCCGUCGGGCCAGCGCUACACGUGUUACAAACCCAUAUAUUUGGCGACCCUAGUUUCUCGCGAAGAGAUGAAGACGCACAGGAGUACACCCGUAUUCUGCAAACCGGCUUACAGGAGCAGGCGGCACUCGUUUACCGCGGAUUUCUAGAUGCCGAGAUCCCACCAAAACAGCAGGACUGGAAUUUUAGCCAUGUAGUUCAACUUGGAAAUUCAGUCGUGAAAUUAUGCGAAAGGAUUCAAAAGCGAUACAAGAAAAACCCAGAGAUAUUGGGCGUCAACCCACUGACCGUGCUCGUGGAGACCAUGUUUCCCAAUUUCGAGGACGACGCCCAUGAUCUAAUAGGGAGAAUUGUGCAAGUCGCCAAGGAUCGAGGGGAAGAGCUAGCAAUUCAAGAUGGGUUUGAUUUGUACAAGGAACUCGUAGAAAUUCGACGUAUCCAUAGAACAUCUCUCCCGGGCCGACCUUUCACGUUCGAUGUUGAGGAGUUACUUGUAGACUUUGUUUGGCGUUGGAUUCAGAAUGCCGAAACUCGGGCCGAGGAGUUCGUUGUGGAAGCCAUUAAGCAGGAUCCAUUCCAAGUACGAGGUCAUGGGCCGGGUCAUAUUUCGUUAGAUUCGGAGCGUCACAGCCAUUCAAUUAUCGAUAUGUUUCAACUCUUUCACCAGACUGCGGAUCAGGUCUUCCAACUUGGAUGGGACAACGAUAUCCACCACGCUAGAUUUAUGACCACGCUGUCCAAGAUAUUCGCCAACAGCAUUGCCCAGUAUUGUGAGAUUGUGGACCAACGAUUCGUGAAAGAGAUGGACACGCCAAGGCCAAACGAGAAAGAAGCGGCAGCAUCAACCCAAACGACGCAAGGAAGAUUUAUGCAAUAUGCUAAAGAUGCCUGGAAUACCAAGGACAAGAUUGAGCCCUUCCAAUUUUACCCAGAGUCUUUAGUAAAGCUCAAUAACAUCGAAUGGGCAAUGCAGGAGCUUGAUAAGCUCGAGAGGUCCAUGAAUGUUGAUGCUUGUGCUGAUAUACUUGAAAAAGCUGAUGCGCCUAAGAAGCAAGUCAGACGGCCAGCCAAGUAUGUCUUUACGAUCAAAAUAGUCGAAGCCGAGGAAAUUAAGGCCUGUGAUCCGAACGGAACAAGCGACCCAUACGUAGUACUUGUGGACGAAUAUCAAAAGCGUUUACACAAAACACGAAUUGUCAUGAGAAGUCUCAAUCCUCGAUGGGAUGAGUCUGUCGAUGUCACGGUUUCAGGGCCUCUUAACAUUGUAGCUACGAUCUGGGACUACGAUACUUUCGGUGAUCACGACUUUGUUGGAAGAACCUCAUUGAAAUUAGACCCCAUACACUUUAGUGAUUAUCUCCCUAGAGAGUUCUGGCUCGACCUUGACACGCAAGGCAGAGUUCUUCUAAGAAUCAGUAUGGAGGGAGAACGAGAUGACAUCCAGUUCUACUUCGGAAAGGCAUUCCGACAUCUCAAGAGGACAGAACGAGAUAUGGUCCGUAAAAUUACAGACAAGCUCACGCGACACAUCAACGCGUCGCUCUCUUAUGAAGCUUUACGCAACCUACUUGGGCGUAACAUCACUUCGCAAGUCGGUUCGUUCUUCAAACGAUCGUCGACGAUCCCACAAGUCACGGGCACUGAAAUUGAAAACGCGUUGCAAUCCCUCUUCGCAUACUUCAACGACAACUUCGCCACGAUGAAGGAGACAUUGACAGAAGCCACUAUGGUUGCAGUUAUGACGCGUCUGUGGAAAGAAGUGCUAAUGGCCAUCGAGUCACUUCUCGUGCCACCCCUGUCAGAGAAACCGUCUAAUCAACGGCCGCUCAGCCAGCGUGAGCUCGACGUAGUCUACAGAUGGCUGGAGCUCCUUUUCGAGUUCUUCAACGCCAAAGAUGAGGACGGAGAGGUUCUCGGUGUGCCCAUAGAAGUCCUCAAAUCGCCUAAGUAUCACGAGCUCGCCUCGCUCAACUUUUUCUACUUCGACACCACCGACAACCUGAUCCGCACAUCGGAACGCAUGGCGGCAGCUACAGCACAGCGCCAGCAACAGCAACUCCAAGGCCAGAUGAGCUCGAACCGGCUCUCGGCACCCGCAACGUUGGGCACGUCACUAGGGACCGGUGCGCAUGCCGGCCCUGCCUUCGCCAGCAUGGGCACUAUCCGCAGGGGCAAGAGUAUCAUGAUGAGCCGUAACCUUGGCACUAUGCGCCGCGCCAAAGAGGAGAAACGCAAGGAGGCCCAAGCCGACCCCUCCGACGACAUGAUCCUACGUAUCCUACGCAUGCGACCCGAGGCCGCCGGUUACCUCAAAGAGAGGCACCGCCAAAAGGAGCGCAUGGCUGCCGCCGCCGCUGCCGCUAUGAUUGUCAAGCAAAGCGUCACACAGGGCUGGAACACGCCCGGUAGUAAUUUUGGGCGAGGUGGCGUCCCACGGCGCUGA